AUGCAAAAUUUAAGCUUGUACUCACCCAGUCAAUCAAUGCUUAAGGCAGCAGCUCAACGAUUCAAUGAUCAAAGCCUCACAGAUGGAAAUCCAAUAUUUGCCGACUACAUAGACACACUGCAGUUAUACGAAGACAAUGAGUGCGAGGUGCUGCGUACUCUAGUGGGCAUUGAGGACUUAUCCGACAUGCAGCAGUUUGUCAAGCUAAUGGAGAGUGAGGUGAUCGUGCAAAUGCUUUCAAUUCAAAACUUUAAAAUUCCAUUGACCAAGAAGGAGGUAAACCCUGAAGAUGUACUGACGGCUGACAUAGAUGAAUUGGUGCUGGUGCCUAGAGAUAGUUUGGUGGAAUGUCCAAUGCCCAAGCAACUGCUACAGACACAGCUGCCGCACAAGCAUGAACAUAUUAAAGCAAACGACCCAAGGCGCCGUUUUGUUGGCACUAUUGUUGAAGUGAAACGCAACAGUGUGACCUUUGAGUGCAGCAAGCUUAAAGGUAUGCCGCUAGCUGGAAGAUAUCUUGUAAUUUUUCGUUCCUCGCGCAUUACCUAUCGCCUCAUGUAUGACGCACUCGAUCAGCUUGAACAUGAUGAUGCAACACGUCGCUAUUUAUUUCCACGCGAUUACCAAUGGAUAAGUGCAAGAAAUCCACAGCCUGCACUUAGGUUAAUCAAUCCAACUAUUUCUUCAAAUGCUGAACAACUUCAGGCUGUCAGUCAAAUUGUUGCAGGACCCAGUACAUUGGCUCCAUAUAUAAUCUUUGGGCCACCAGGCACUGGAAAAACUACUACCAUUGUUGAGGCCAUACUUCAAUUGCACUUGAACCCUAAAAAUCGAAUACUCGUUGCAGCGGGGUCCAACUCUGCCUGCGAUACGAUCGCCGUAAAGUUGUGCGCCCACUUUGAGAAACACGCAGUGAGCCCACUGCCUGUGGUACGUUAUUAUUCAAAAACAAGACUGAAGAUUGUUGAACAUACAAUGCCAGCGCUGCUAAAGAAAUAUUCCAAUUGCCAGUACCAGUACUGCCAGAAGGCUAAGAAGUUGAAAAACGUAUAUAAAAGCUUUGGAUCGGUUAUCACCAAAAUUAAUGUGGCCACACUCUGCUCCACUCGUGUGAUGCUGCUGCAAGCACCAGACACUCAGUUUACGCAUAUUUUUAUUGACGAAGCUGCCGCUUCUACAGAGCCAGAAGCACUUAUGAGCAUUGUGGGCUUGAAGCGCAAGAACACGCAUGUUAUACUCUCUGGUGAUCACAAGCAGCUUGGUCCCGUUAUUAAGUGUCAGCGUGCUGUAGAGUUGGGUCUGGGCCAAUCCCUUAUGGAGCGACUGAUGCUGCGUAAGGUCUAUGAUACGAAUGACUUUGGCGAGUACAACAUUAGAUUGCAGACACGACUGCGCCGCAACUAUCGCUCUCAUCCGGCUAUUGUGGCGCUCUACAAUGAGCUCUAUUACAAUGGCGAGCUUUUAGCCAAGGCACCCCUCCAGCAGGUUAACCAGGCAGCCCAAUGCAGCUUGUUGCGCAACAAGCAGUCUCCCAUUAUAUUUCAUGCAGUCUCUGGUGAAACAACACGUGAAACGAACUCCACCAGCAGCUACAAUGACCCGGAGGCGCUCGUGGUCUGCUGGUAUGUGGAGCAGUUGCUCAAGAAAGGACUGAGCGAUCAGAUCAGUGUGAAACAGGAGGACAUUGGUGUGGUAUCUCCAUAUCUGGCGCAAUGUCGGCUUGUGACUCGCUUGCUCCGCCAGCGUGGCCAAGCCCAGGUGGAGGUGGGCUCCGUGGAAAGCUAUCAGGGACGUGAGAAACUUAUCAUUAUUGCCACGCUAGUGUGCUCAAAAGGCUAUGCCUCCGGCUUUGCCACCAAUCCGCGUCGCAUUAAUGUUUUUCUCUCGCGACCCAAAUCGCUUUUAAUAAUAAUUGGCAAUCCCCAAAGUUUAAAUUCCAAAAAAGAUUUCCAGUACAUUUUUAAGCAGUGUAACUUGCAAGGAAAUCUCUACACUGAAAAACCAAAUGAAAAUAAACCUAAAAAUGAGCUGAAAACAAGUGUCAAUGAAAACAAAGCAAGCUUCGCAAAUACAAAUAAGAACGUUGAAGUUUUGAAACCGUAUAAUACAAGCAAUAUUAAAAUUGACAAUAAAAUCGUAGUCAACACAACGCGUGCAACUGUGAUAAGCCCUGUGAGAAGCCCUGUGAGAAGCCCUGUGCUCCGACAAGCGUAUUCUAACUAUGACUAUGAUUAUAACUAUGAUUCCUAUCCCAAUAGAUAUACUUCCCCUACCUUGAAAGAGCGAAAGAUAGAGUCGAGUAAAUGCACUAUAUUGUAACUAC